CAACAUAACUCAGCUCAUCACACAUCCAAAGCUCUAAAAUCACAGAGAAUAAUCAUAUAUAUAUAUAUAUAUGGCGAUCAAGACCCGAAGCAUCUCGUCGGACGGGAAGCGGGAGAUGACGUUGCAAGAGUUCAAGACGUGGGUGAAGAGGCUGGACGCCGACAAAGACGGCAAGAUCAGCAGGCAAGAGCUGUCCGACGCCGUCCGGGUCGCCGGCGGACGGUUCGCCUGGUUGAAGUGCCGGCGGGGUGUCCAAGCGGCCGACUCCGACGGCAACGGUUUCAUCGACGAGCAGGAGAUGAACAACCUCGUUGACUUCGCUCAGAAACACCUCGGUGUCAAAAUCGUCCAUUUCUGACCACUGGUCCAACCAAACCCCCUCUCGAUCUGUUUCAUAGCCACGCGUGUCCUAUUUCUUUUUUCCUGAUGAUGUGUCGAAUCCGAAAUUCUAAACCUAGCUUAUGAUGUGGGUUAGAUAUUUAAGCGAUUCGAAUAUGAAUUUUUCUCAUUAAAGAUCGAUGACGAGAUCAUUAGAUCAAACUCUUGUUCGCCUAGUCCCAUGUGUAUUAUACCGUUUGGUCUGCAUGCAAGUAGUAGUCUCGUGUAUUAUUGACUUAUGAUAUAUAUGUAAUCGUGUUUUUAGUUUAAUUUUGGAUGUCACAGUUUUAUAUGUUUCGUUUCUCUCAGGCUGUUGGCAUUCGAGCAAUACAGAUAAGCCAAAUAC